GGCAGUGUGGCGUGAGGGCAGCGGGGCGGUACGCGGUUCUCUCCCUCCCUCCCUCCCUUCCCGUCUGCCUGCCUCCGUUCUGUUACACCGCGCGCUCUUUACUCCUGCCACGCCGCGCGCCCAGUGAGGCAACGCACUUGUUAUCUGUUGGUGCGGUGCCUCUGUUGGUGUGAAAAACGUUUCCCAGGCGGCUUGUUGGAGUUCUGAAGAGGACUAUAGGAGAAACAGAGCGUAAAGACGUAUUUUAAGUGGCGAAUGAGGGUGUUUCGUGAGGCAUUUAACUGAAAAUUUUGUAAAAACGUGUUUGAAGAAAAAUUAAACUGCAAGAAGACGUAUUUGAGGAAGCAAAAGCAGUUUGAUGAGAAAUAUGUAUUGUAAACUGUGAUAAGACGUGCUGCAGUGGUAUGAGAGGGAAAUACAUGUUGAAAUAUUGCUAAAACUUGAGAAAACGUGACUGGAAUGUGGAUGAGGGGGAAUUUGAUGGGGGAACUAUAAGAAUUCGUGUUUGUGGGAAGAGUGGAGCGUUGAGAACACGUGACGAGGAUAUGACCAAGUACUGCUACAUGUAUUUCUGCAAGUGAAUAUUCAAGUGUUCAUCAAGUGUCAUUCAAGAUCAAGAUUGGUUCGUGGAUGAUGAAAAAAUGCUUGACUACUGCAUGUGUAGAAUGUCCCGGGGGUCGCCGCGCGGGCCACCCUACCUGGGGGAGGAGGAGGCCAAGUCGUGCUGCGGCCUGAUGGUGACGCAGGCAGUCAGCAUUCGCUGGUUCAUCAUCAUGAUCGCCUUCGUGGGCCUGUGUUGCACCGUGGUGGGCACCGUGCUGGGGGCCGUCAAGACAUACAACUCGGAAUACGUCACCAUUACCCUGCUCAUGAUUGGCGUGGGCAUCGUGCUGAUCACUGUGUCCGGUGUGGCGUGGCACCUCACCUCGCGGGACGCUCCUUGCCGCGUGAUGCUUGGCCUGGCGCCCCACGACCCGGCACGUGGUGAGCCUCGCCGAUUUAUGGCCCGCAUGGCUCCCGCGUUCGGCCGCCCUCACCAUCCCUAUGCCGCCAUGAUGUACCCAGAGUUCCAGUACCGUCCGCCACCGCCGAGCUACCAGGCCUCCAUGCAGGAGUACCGCCUCCGCCUGCUGCUGCUGGACCGCCACCAGGCCUCCCAGGCGCCUUCUCCCCCGCCCACCUACCGCUCUGGUGCCCACAACCUGCGAGGCCUGACAGUGAACACACUGGGCCGGGAGAGCAACUACAGCCAGCCGCCAAGCUACAGGUCCAGGGAAGGCUCCGUGUCCCACAACCCUGAUGCAGCAGUGCCGUCCUCCCACCCAGGCGGCUCCAUCAACCCCGCACACUCCCGGGACCCCUCCUGCCUGUCCUUCCUCUCCCACGAUUCCAUCUACUCUGGGGGUGCGCCUCCCUCCCAGGAUGGCUCAAUGCGCGCCGCACCAAUGGAGCAGGACAAGGUGGCCGUCAUGGAGGACUCCGCCCCGCCGCCAGCCAAGAAAGACGGCCGGAAGGAUGACAACACUGUCACCAUCGUGCAGACCACUGACUCCUCGCAGGUGAUUGGCUCAGACGCCGUGGUGGUGACUGUCUCUGGCUCAAACUCCAACUAUGUGAGCGCCCCGCCCCAGCCGCCCCCCGCCGCUGACGCGGAGAUAUCCGUCCUAGCGCAUCUUUGACCUCAGAUCUUGCCUGUUGAAUCUGAACUCUGAUUCUAGUGUACUGUUUCCACCCCAUGUAAGGUAUGUAAGUGUUACUAGUGUUCGUGAGCAGAUGAUGGGUAUAUAAAUAUAUAAAUAUAUACAGAAAUCUAUAUAUACAUGUAUGUAUUUUCAUAUGUCAUGCUAAAUAUUUAUAAAUGAAGGAUGAAGGCUCGAUACCUCACAGCCUUAUUUUUGAAAAGUUGUUGAACAGAUGUAAUUAAAUUUAUGACUGUGAUCACUUCACACUGAGAGACAUCGCGUACAUGCUCCAGACAUUUGAUAGAUGAGCAUGCCAUCAGGACGCCACUCACUGGAGCACAAGUGUCCAGACAUCCAUACAGUAAAAUUUGCACCUAACCCUCGGACAGCUGAGCAGCUCAUGAGAUACUGAGCAGCUGGCUGGAAGGAGGGAAUUUUGCCCCUUAAGAAUAUAUACACUGAUCCUGUGGGACUGCUGAGCCUGUAUGUAUAUAGUUAGUGUACAGUGUAGCCCUCACCACACACUGGGGUUGGAGGAAGUACAUUUAUUUUUUUCCUGAAGCUUCUUUACUUUUCUCUAGUUUCCUUCAUGGUGACCUGUCAAUGUCCAGGAUCUUUCUGAGGGAUUGUUGGAUUGCUCUCAUUCUCCUCACACUGAGAACACUUGGAGAACAUGCAGAGGAUGAUGAGCUAGAUACCACUGGGUUGAAGCUGGUAGUGUGUGGUAGCUAUCUGUCUGAUCCUGGUUAGGACUUGUGGGACACUGAAAAGCUGUCUCUAAUGUCUGUUGUCUGCACAUACAACCCUACUCUUGUGGCACUAAAUCAAUCAAUCAGUCAGGCUCCUCAUGCUGCAGCCAGAGAGAUUAGGGAUUAGGAUUAGUGGGACACUGAGAAGCUGUCCUAGGUGUCUAUACUAUUGUUGUGGCACUCAAUCAUCCAAUCAGUCAGUCACUCAAUCAACCAAUCAGUCAGUCACUCAAUCAACCAGUCAGUCAGUCUUAUGCUGCAGCCAGAGAGAGAUCAGGGACAGUUCUGAGGUACUGGAUCCUCUGUUCUCUGCUGCUCUGGCUAGUAUUGGCCAGGCAAGGGCAGACAAGGGUGGGAGUGUAAUGCAAAGAGUCUUCUGGUUCCCUUCAGCUGAAAGGAAUCGGGUGAACUGGUAGGUUAAGUUUGAAGGAGACUUCCUCUUGUGGAGAUUGAUGGCAGGGGAUUUAAACUCAAGGUUCUCAGUGGCUGGAAGUGGACUAAUCAAGUGUCUGUCCUCUGUAGCACACCAUACCCUCAGUUUGUCAUCCUCAGAGUCACCACAUAAGCAGGAGGGAUGCUAACAGGACAGUUCAGAUAUCUGGAUGCCAACUUCUGUCUUUCAUUUGUUGAUAAUCUUCACAUUCUUCUCCUCCUCUUACUCCUCCCCCCACAUGUGGCUCAUCAGGUCCUCACAAGCCAUAAAUUACAUUGCCUUGCUCACACUCACAUUCCCCCAAGUCUGUCUUUCCACACUGGCUGAGUGUUCACAGCCAAUGAGUAACAAGUCACUCCUCUGCUCCUCCUGAGGCUGAGUGCUGCGGAGCCUCCUGACCCACUGCUCACGUGCAGGGAACAUACAGACUGUCUCACAUCUGAUCAUUUAAAAAGAAUGUGACAAGUUGUAUUUUUAAUCACAUCUGAAUAGUGAAAACAUUAUCAUGCAUGUAAGAGAUGUAAAUAGUUAGCAUUAAGCUUAUAUCUAUAAGUAUGUACCAUGAAAGUGACCAAAAAUAGUCAUUAUAGAUUAGAUUAUGUUGCCAGCGUUCUUCCUGUGAUGUGGGAGUGACAAGCAGGAUCAGGAACCCUUGUAUAUCUGUCGCUGCUGAACACUUGUAGGGUGUUUGGUGUAGCAGCCACUGGCACACCCAGGCUGAGGGUGCCUACUUGUCACUGCUGCCCUGAUGCUCUUGUGUCUUUUUGGGUGCUGUACUUCAUUGCCUCACUUCCCCAGAGGAAUUAUGUCAUGAUUAAGGAAAAUAUCAGUACUGCAUUUUUAGUGUUGCACUAAUACCCAGCACAUAUCUGGGCACCUACAGUGUUCUGUGAACCAGUAUGUUGUUUUAUUGGAGUGAGCUGCCCACACCAGACAGGGGCUUGUACUGCUGCCUGGGACUGUGCAUGUGUGUGUGUAUGUGUGUGUCAUGGAGAGGCACUGUGUGGCUCAGCUGAAUGCCACACUUGGGAUGAGAUGACACACCAGGACAGGCUGCAGUGCUGUUGUGUGUAGCCAGUCAGUGACACGGCAUGUUGAUUAUGUUGUUAAUGUGUUCAUUGAUAAUUCAUUAAGUCUCAUGCAUGGGUACAAACUUUUGAUGUACUGAAUAACUAGGCCAUAAAGAUCAUUUCUGAAAUUUUUCAUCCUAUGAUUUUUUGCAGUGUGACUGAAAAAAUGAAAAAUAUGCCUUCUCACAAUUACUGUGAAACUCUAACAAAACAAAUCCUUCAGCUCUCUAAUUUCCUUUCUGUUCAUUCAUAAUCUAGCAUUUUCUUCCUUUUUUUUUUCUUCAUUUUAGUCUUGCAUAUCAAACAGAUUUGCACCCUCCCAUCUAAUUUAUGCCCAAUAAAAGGAGUGUGUAGGUGAAGAGACAGCAAACAGAUAGGUGAUCAAUAUAUUAACAUUCAUUUUCCAACAAGUGCAUAAAUAGAUAAAUUUAACAUCCCUUCACUCUACAGUUCAGCACAAUAAUAAAAACAAAAUAUAGAAACAUACUGUCAAUCACAUAAGCAAUCACAAUGUUGAAAAACAAAAAAAAAAAUCUGAAUACUCUCAAAUCACCCUUGUAGUCUUCAAAUAGCUAUUAAAUACAACACCAGUAUCACUAAGAUUGGUGGCAACACAAGUGCACCACCAGGCUGCCCAACACACACUGCACUGCAUCCCCCUCAGCUCAGGCAGGCAGGUGUGUCUUGGGCCGCAAGAAGCUUAGACAGAACUGUGCAUGUAGUGAGCUCUCCACCAGUGUGUCUCCUCUUCUGACUUGUGUAGACUUGUGGUGAAGAUGGACUGUACUGUAACAAGCUGACACUUUUUUCUAAUUGAUUCUGAUGAUUAUUGCAGAUUUGUACUAGAGAUUUUUUAGUUUAUUAAUCAUGUCACAGCAAAUUUAUUCACAAGUUGUGUUCAUAUGUGUGAUGUAGAUAUUAUAAUCGGUGCAGUUUUAUUUUAUUUAUUUAUUUUUUUUCAUUAUCUCGCUGUGAAUCUUAUUUUUUCUCGAUGCUUUGAUGAUAACCUAAAGGGAGAAUCACUUUUACAUUACCAAAAAAAAAAAAUUAUUGCCAUUUUUACAGCAUCAAAUUUUUAAGUACAGUACAACCUAACCAGCUUAUAGAACUACUACAUAUGGUAUAAGUAUUAUCCAUGCUCAAAAUUUCUUGCAUUGUUGUAGUUCUGUUUUGUGGGAGUCAACCAACACACAUUUCUUAUGGAACCCCCCCCCUCUCUCUCUCUCUCUCUCUCUCUCUCUCUCUCUCUCUCUCUCUCUCUCUCUCUCUCUCUCUCUCUCUCUCUCUCUCUCUCUCUCUCUCUCUCUCUCCCUUCAUAUGCAGACCUCCCACAUCCUUAGUUCAGUCUGUCAGUUGUCUGUUUGGUGUGUGCCAGGGAGGGAGAACACAAGUCACUUCCCUCUUCAGCCAGACACACACCAGUCUGUUAAGUGUCGUUGCUGUUUAUUAAGUGCUUGCCAGGGAAGGAAAAACAUGGACACUCCCAAUUAAGCCUCCUAUGAAAGAGACUGAGAGGUUCUGUUCUUGCUUUAACCCCAAGCAAUUACUUCCCCAUUUUAUGAUUUUUUUCCUGUGCCUUGAGUCUCUCCUCAUGCUGAUAUAAACCCUUGACUUAGGAGAAUUCUUACAUCAUGUUUUCUCUUGACUCUGCUGGUCUAAGUCCUGUUUCACCCAAGAUCGUCUGAUUUUCCCCUUAGUUGACACUUGAUCAUUUCCUGGUAGGCUUUCAACACAGUAAUGGUAACUAAUGUCAGCUAUCACUGUCCAUAUAUGCUGUAAUACCUUCACCUCAAUAGACAAUCCCAAACAUCAUAUUCAUAAAAUUAUCAUGCUGUCUUCUUUUUAGUCUUGUAGAAAUAGUUCCCUAGAGGAUAAAUAACACAUUUGUUAUUAAGUCACCUAAUUAAGGAGACUGGAAGAAAAUAUUACAUUUCACUAUUGGUUUCCUGCUGAGCUCCCAAACUAUACUAGCUUCCUUAAAAUGAAGAACACAAGACACUUUGGCACCGAUUCAGCAUUUGGUUAAGGAAACUGGAAUAGAAAAUUGCAUUCCCCCGCUGGUCUUCAGUCAGUGUGUAUAAGAGGAAACUUGAAGCAAAAACUUAACAUUUUGGUACCAAAUUAACUUCUAGCCCGAAAAGAAUGGAAUAGAAAGCCACUUAAACAAUUGGCCUUUAGUCUAUACUUCUGCUAAUGAUGAAGAAAAGAUCCACAGGCAAAAUCACGCGUGUUUUUAUUGAAAAUUAUUAGCGAUUCUUUCACCGAAGCUCCUUUAUAUUGGAAGUCGUUAAUUGUCACCUCCAUCUCAUCACAGCCAUUUCUUCACUGACGCCUAUGAAGACUUGCACACCUUCACCCACUGCUAUCAAUUCAAGUUUUAUGUAUUUUCCAUCACAGAAAAAAAAAGUCUUAUUUUCCAGGAUUGCUAUACUUUUUUUUGGGCAUAUGUAAUAAAGGUCUUGUAUAUAUUUUGUAUAACUAAAUAAACAAUAUUCCAAGAG